AUGUCUUCCAUCUUAUCUACAAUCGCAUUUGUAAAGUCUGUGAGUGGAUCUAACGUUUUGAAUGGUGUGGCAACUUCAAGACUUGACAAUAAUGAUUUUUUGGACUUUACAUUCAGGGCCUUUAAUUCCAAUGAAGACAUCAUGAUCCAAGAUAUACAGAAAAAUUCUUUUAUGAUGUUUGUUGGAAAAUAUGUGAUUCAUGAUUCACAGCUAUAUGUUACCCUGAUCCAAGCUGUUCUUCUUGAUCUGAAAACGAUUGCUGAUGAUCCAAGCAUCUAUGAUUUACCCAUCAAUCCUUUAUUCGGCACCUUCACUGCUCAAUGCACAGCACCAUCUAGAGUUCAAGACGGUGCAAGCUUUUUCACUUUGUCGCGAAAAAUAUACAAUCCAUUUGCAAACUCGUACACCACAAUGGAUGUCCCAUGUUUUUACAACCCAAACAAUGGACGCCACAGCUCUGUCACAACUGCCACUAAUGGGAAAGCUAUUUUCACUGUAGCAGGAGAACUUUUUGUUGGUAAAAGAAUGGUGCAAAUUGUUGGCAAAGAGAUUGAAUGGCUUUUCCCCGUUUCAGAAAACACCAACAAUAAAGGAAACCAAAGUGGGCCUUCUUCCUGGAAGGCACAAAAGUCAAAGUACCUGGACUUUGAAGAAAAGUAUUUUAGUAAUAAAAAAAGAUCUGCAAAUCACCACCAAGAAUCGCCCAACAAAAGACCUGUAAGCCAAACAGAUCUUGAUCUCAAUGAAGAAAGUCCUUCAGACCCAUCAACAAGAAGAACUACAAUGUUUCAAAAUGCAAUGAAUGCAGUCGCCACAAGCAGUAAAGGGAAAGAACGCGCUGAUUUGAUUGUGGACGCGAAUUUGGAUGAAGGGGAAGGAGGGGUUGAAAGUGAAGAGGGUUUUAUUUAUGAGGAGACUUAA